UUUUUCAACAUUUUCAUAGAAAAUAUUGGCAAUAUUAUUGAAAAAUGUAAUUACAAAGAUAUGAAAAUAACGAUUUAACCCCUGAAAUCAUGUGAUCAAAGACUUGAAGAACAUGAUUCAAAUUUUCAUACAAUAAAAAAUUGACUGAGAAGAAAACAAGAGAACGUGGGGUUGAAUCGGAAAGAGUCGCACUCUAGAAACAAUAGGCGGUGUCGAGUGGGGCCAACGGCCGUUAGCGUCACGACGACUUAGCAUUAGAAGCCAGGGGUCGGCCCAGAUUAGAGUGAUAUACGAUAAGCAAAUACGUAAGCGACUUUCGGAGGAGCAGAUACAUUGAACCUGGACAUAACAUUUAUGGCCUAUAAAGAGGCCCCCUUCAAUGCCAUUAACGGGCAGAGAACACUCGCUAACUACAAAAUGGCUCCCAGCAUCGCAGUGCCAGUAGCUCAACCACGGCGGCCAGCCAAGGCGGCGAACCAGGAACAGGAGGAGGAGAAGGUGUUGAGGAGGAGAAACGAAGAGCUGGAGGAGGAAUUGAAGAAGAGCCAGGACAGGGAGGAGAGGAUGAGGAGGGAGCUGGAGAGAGCACGGGAGCGGCUGAGAGUGGCGGAGGAGGCGGAGGAGAGGCUGUGCUCGCAGCUCGGGGAACUGGAAGCGGAGGCCGUGGAUCAAGCGCGUCAGUAUAAUAACCGGAUAGUGUCUUUGAUGAAUCAGCUCUCUCAGGCUCACAGGCUUAUCCAGCCUGGCCCUACUCCCGUUCCCAAUUAGGUUUUUGCCUUUGAAGCUCGAUCCUAAAUCUGUACUAUAUCUCAAGGUUGAGGAUUGAGGCGCGUUUGGUUCCUUUGUUUUUCAAUACUUUUUUUUCUUUGUAAUUAAGUUAUGGUUUUCUAGCCAGAAUGUUGAUUUAAACCCUUUUCUGGGCAUGUCUGAUACAAUUUCUUCUAGUGAAAGAUUGUAAUUUUGUGGGUCUGAAUUUUGAAAUACAUUUCAUGAUAAUUUAAUUUUCUUUCUCCUCA